AUGCUAAUGCAGGUGGAGAAGAAGAAGCUUUUGAGUCAAGCUGACAUCCCAACCAAGUUUGACCCAAUUAAUUAUCUGGGGGAAUAUUUAAUGAGACACAACACUCAUUAUGUCAAAGACCCAGGAAUGUCUGGCUACCAGAGGGUGCUGAAAGAGGUCACAGAAGAACUGAAGGUUCAUGUUCCUGAUACGAUCAGCAACAGGAUAUCCAAGAUGAAGGAGAAAGUGAAGCAGAAGCGAGAACAAAGGGAGUAUAUAAGCACAGUCAAAGUCAAGGUGGCCUCCAUGAGAAAGCAGGCUCUGGAGGAGCAGUUCAACGAAUGGGUUCUCACCCCUAAAGGAAUGAUUCCAAUAGUUGUGUACGUGUCUUCAUACGUUAUGGACUUGAAAAGCGAAGUCUUUGAGGAAUUCCUUAAACACCUGUGCCACCGCGCAGACGAAUUCCAGGAGAUCAUAAUGACUGACAUUCGGAGGCAGAUGUUUGCUGAACUCUUCCUACAGUGCGACAGUGGGAAGGUGAUGGCCUUGGAUCGGCAGAGGACACUGGCCUUGCUGGAAGCGUUCUAUGAUCAAUGCUCUUCCACCACUAGGAGUUUACUUCGAAACCCAAGGCAAUGGCCAUUUGUCGAAUUUGAGGAGAUAGAGUUGACUGAGUUCUGGGGAGACAUGGAUAUUAAGAAGCACAUUUAUGAAGACUUUGAUGCACUGCUCUUAAAGAUGAAUAUGUUAGUUGCUGAAAAACUUGCAGGCAAACUCCCAGAAAACAACGAUCUUCCACAAGAGCAGACAGAGAUCAGUACAGAACAAGAACUUCCAUCAGACUCAGCAGCGGAGCCAGGAACUGCCCCACAACUCACCUCCCAAGAGAAACCCCACAGAGCGUCACUUACAGGACAAGGACAGGACAAAAGGCCUCGCAAAACAUCUGCUUCAAGACAAGGAGGAAGCAGAGGAUCAGCGUCAGAGCAAGGGUCCCGAAAAAGCUCGGCAGUGGAACAAACACAGCAAAGAGGGUCAGUGGCAGAGCAAGGGUCCCGAAGAAGAAGCUCGGGAGUGGAACAAACACAGCAAAGAGGGUCAGUGGCAGAGCAAGGGUCCCGAAAAAGCUCGGCAGUGGAACAAACACAGCAAAGAGGGUCAGUGGCAGAGCAAGGGUCCCGAAGAAGUUCAGCCAUGGAACAAGAGCCACAAACAGGGCAAGACCCAAACAGAGAUUCAGUGCCAGAACAAGAAUCACGCAGAGAAUCAAGCACAGAGGGAGGAUCACAGAGAGGGUCCGUUUCAGAACCUGGACAACGCAGAGCAUCAAUAACAGGACAACGCAGGAAGUCAUCUGUAGAUGACGCUAGUAGUUCUUCAGAAGCAGGGCCGCGCAGAGGAUCAGUGACAGAUCAAGGACAGCGCAGAGGAUCCGGAGGUCAGCGCAAAGGGUCUGCAGGGAGCAAAAUGUCAGCUUCAGAAUAUGGACCACCUCAAGAGUCCAUAACAGAAGAGCCCCUCGUUGAGUCAGAACAAGGACCACAAAUAGGCGCCAUUCAAGAAGAACAGAAUGCAGACUCAGCUCCACAAUUAGAAGAAGGCGGUGCCUCAAACGAAAGUAAAACCUCAGAAUUUGAUAAAAUGGAAUCUCAAGAAAAAGAGCCUUUGGGGCUCAUCAACGAAGAGCAAGUCCCCAUGGAUUCCGAACAGCGUGAAGAAGUUCCUACAUCCAGCAAAAAGGAACAUCCAUCAGGUAGCCCCAAAAAAGACCACCUUUCAGGAACUUCAAAAAGGGAUUCUCAGAAAGACAAAGCCUGUGAACCAAAGCCCCAACAUGUAGAAGGAAAAAAAUGGUCAGGAGAAUUUUUGAUUUGUGACUGGAAGAUGAAGCAUGUCAAAUCUGAAGAUGAGGAACAGGCCAAAUUAAUCUGUGAUGACUCCAGAUUCACAGACCUCCAUGCGACUAUUAGGAAUUUUCAGGCUUACAAGGGGAUCAGAGGGAGGAGUGCCUUCAAUGGAGUCUCCCUCAAUUUGCUGCAGUUUGUACAGCUCCUAGAGACAUUUGUCGGUGAAGACACCUCCUAUAGCGUCAGCAAGAACCUCACCUCCUUUUUUCAGAAGAACUAUUCUGAAACGAAGCAAGAGAAAAUUAAAGCCUUAGAACAGGCCAGACAAAAUUCCUUCCGAGUCCGACGGAAAAUUCUUCUGGAAGCCCUCUUUGAUAAGUGGGACAAUGAUGGCUCGGGCUUCCUGAAUCUGAAUGAAGUUGAUGAGCUGCUGUAUACAUAUAAGGAGGGGAUGGAAAGAGAAUCCAUGAAGAAAGCUAAACUUCACAUAAAAUUUCCAAAGCCGAGCCUCGGUCAUGAAGUCAAACUGUCUUCAAAGCAAUUUCGGAGGUACAUAGAACUGGUCGUAUCUGAACUCAGGGGCAAUGAAGACCAAGUUCUGGAAAGCGUUGUGGAAUUCCUGAUGGGUUCUUUAGAGAGGAGCCACGUUGAGGGUCUAAGGAACUGUGCAAGGCGAAAAUGGCUCCAUCAGAUCCAAUAUGCUGCAGAGACAAGUGGGGUAUCCCUGGAACCGGUGUACACUGAGACCUUCAGGGCCCUCACUCAGGAUGCUGAGGCUCAUGGACAUAAGAAGAUCAGUGCUCACAUUUCCCUCCUAGAGGAAAACGUACUCCUGCCUGAGAGGGGGCGUGUUCUCCUGAGGAAUGUGGCUUGUACUCUAGAUGACGCUCCGUUUGUCCUGAACAAAGUGCUCUACAGGGACAUGAAGGGAAUCAGCUUUACAGUAGUGGAUGAAGGCAAGCCAAUCCAUGUCCCCCAGGUUCAGCACCAUGGAAAUAUCUUCUUCUGGAACAGUGCCCGAAGUAAGAAUGAGCAUAACGGGUCGUUCCUGGCUCUGCCUCUUCAGGAUGCAUAUAUGAGGAUCUUUGGGGUCCUGGCAGUUGACACACUUCGAGAUCCUCAUGAAAUAAACAUCUUCUUACCUCAUGAGAUCAGAUUCUAUCAGGGUGUUGCCAAUGCCUUCAGCACGGCUUAUCACCACGUUCACAGUAGGGAACACAUCCUGCACACUGUGAUUACAGGCAUCAAGUGGCUCUUCAGUAUCACGUCUGGCAUCACCACCAUCACUACAUGCUUCAUUGAACCUAGCUCAGAACAGGAAGACUAUGUUUUGCGCAAUAUGAUGGUUACAGAUCAUCUCGGUCUAGCAGAAAUCCACACAGAUCCCCCGAUUAUCACCAGGAACUCAUGCAUCUUCAGGGACUUCCUCUUUAAAUGCACAGACACUUCCGAAGUUAUUUUGUCUUCUUCCGAUGGAGAAACCCACAUUGCUAUUCCACUUCGCCAGAGAACCCAAGAGGCUAUGGGUGUCCUCGAUGUUAACAUUGGCCGGAGUAGGAUGUUGGUGUAUCAAGAGUAUAAAGAUGUACAGAAAAUGAUGAAAAUGAUCCAGAACGUCUCCUAUGAAAUACUGGGCGAAUUCUCUGGAGAAAUCGAAAAAACUAUGGUUAUAGAGAUGGAAAAGGCAGGAGAGGUGAAGCGGGCAGGGAUUCUUUUCUUCCGAACCAUGCUGCAAGAGCUUCGGGAAUGCCUCCAACUCCUGGAUUCCAUGGACUUUGUGUCACUGCUGCUCUAUGAACACAAACAUCACGUCGACUCGGUUUUUCAAAACAUCAGUCCCCAGGAGGUAGAGGCCAACGUGGCACUUGUACACAACAUCCUGAAAGCAGUUAUCUUGUUCUCUCAGAAGGACAAAGAAUCUUUCAGUGACUUGGAAGAGUGGGAAAGAUGGAAAUUUCACAUUAACAAGUACUUAGUGGAGGAGAUUUGUGUGCUUGAUCCAACUGCUAGCAAUGUGGAAGUUAAUGUACAGCUUAUUACAAGAUAUAUCCAAGAUCAUUCUCGAGUUCAAGUCUGGAAAUUCGGGAACAUUGUCAUUGAACUCCUGUACCACUGGAUCUACACUUGUUUAACUCUCAUAGAACUAAAAAGCCAACAAGAUAUUUCCAUUAUACCUCCAUUGCCCAAGAAGAGUACCACUUCCAUUUAUGCAAUAUCCUCAGAGAGAUCAAUUCGAGAGAAAUUUUAA